UGCGAGGGAGCAAAAGCCACUGGCAGGUAAAGUGGCAAGAACCAGAAGAUGAAACCGGUCGUCUGCCUGGACGCCAGAACAUCCCCAAAUAUGCUAGUUAAAGAUUACAGACUGAGCAGCCCUUGCUAUUGGAGAUCGGGACGACCGUCUCCACAUGCUGCUGCCACCUCCCAGGACCUGGCACCAGAGGGGCCUCCCAGGUCGUCACGGUACAGACAGGCAGCGCCUCCUCCUAACCCAGAGCCAGGUGGAGCUGAGCGGGUACUACGAAGCCGAGAACAGCACCCCUUCUUUGGAGGGCUACUUUUGCUUCAACCCAGCCUCAUCCGUGGUGGGUGACCAGAGCGACCCCUUCAGAAAGGUCUUCAUGCCCCUCAUCUACCUGCUGAUGUUCGUGUUGGGGACUGUGGGCAAUGCCCUGGUCCUGGUCAUUUUAGAGAGGUUCAAGCGGUCUCGCACUACCACGGAAAACUUCCUCUUCCACCUCACCCUGGCCAACCUGGCACUGUUGCUCACCUUCCCCUUCAGCGUGGUGGAGAGCUUGGCUGGGUGGGUAUUUGGGAAGUUCCUCUGCAAGAUCCUCAGUGCCGUCCACAAGAUCAAUUUCUACUGCAGUAGCAUGCUGCUGGGGUGCAUCGCGGUGGACCGCUACCUGGCCAUCGUCUACGCAAUCCACACCUACCGCAAACGCAGAGCUCGCUCCAUUCACCUCACCUGCACGGCCCUCUGGCUCUGCUCGCUGCUUUUGACCUUACCCGAUCUCAUCUUCAUGGAAGUCUGGACAGACGACAGCAACCGCAGCAUUUGCUAUUUUCCAGAGGUUGGGAUCGACGGCAACAACGUCUGGCUGGCGACCCGCUUCCUCUACCACACCGUGGGCUUCUUUGUGCCCCUGCUGGUCAUGUGUUACUGCUACACGGCCAUCGUCCGGGCUCUGUGUCAGUCCCAGCGCCUGCAGAGGCAAAAAGCUGUGCGCGUGGCCAUCCUGGUCACAGGCGUCUUCCUGCUCUGCUGGAGCCCGUACCACAUCGUCAUCUUCCUGAACACACUUACCAAGCUAGAAGCCUUCACCAAAAACUGCCUCCUGGAAGACCAGCUGGACACGGCCAUCAUGGUGACCGAGGCCAUCGGCUUCACGCACUGCUGCCUCAACCCCAUCCUCUACGCCUUCAUCGGAGUCAAGUUCCGUAACGACUUCUUCCGGAUCCUGCAGGAGCUCGGCUGCAUAAGCCAGGAGACCCUGCAGGAGAUCCUGGAGGUGACGAGGAAGGGCAGCGGGAUUGAGUCUGACAACACCACCUCCAUCUCCACUUUCUAGCUGGGAAAGGCUGCCUGCAGGGCAGAACCGGCCUGGGGCUUGCCUUCCCGGGGCCACACGUGCUGUGGCCUCACUCCCAAGUUUCACGAGCGUCCCCACCGCUUUCUUAACUCCUCAGGAAGCUGAGGUCCGAUAGCCACCAAACACCCAAAUCCCACCAGAUACCUCCCCUGGCUCCUUCUGGCUCUCAUACCUGUAGAAAUCCGCCCGGCAGCUGUUGGCAAAGGCUGGCUGUCCGAUGGUCGCUCUGGCAGGGCUAGAUAAACCCGAGCGGGUCGAACGCGACAUUUCCACCUCUCCCUCGAAAACUGACUGCGGGCGUCCUGUGCACGGAGCCAGGCACGAGACUGGGGUGCCGGGGGCACGGGAAAAAAGCGCAGCCAAGUAAACGCGGAGUCGCGUCAGUGAGCGAGGACUGAGGACAAAAGCUAAGCAGGUCUCCAUUUCACCAGCUCGGGUCCGUAGAGACGUGCCUGAAGGAAGCAGCAGGACUCGAUGGCCACGGCGGCUGGAACAAGAGAUGCAGGUAGGACCGGUGAGGUGCGGAGCUCGCUCCGAUAGCACGGGCACAUGGUGCUGGACGGUCUCUGGCUGCAAUAUUGCUCCUCCUGCUGCGUGACAGCCCCCCGGCCAGCCACGGCACGUUGAUUUUCCCAACUUGGCUUGUGCCAGGAGGUCCUGCCACGGCCUCAAAGAUUCGACUGUCGCAGAUUCCUUUCCUGACAUCAACUGCAUCCUUUCCCGCUCACUCGAUCUGUUUCGCCGCUGUUAAGAGCUCCAGUGAGUGACUGCAGAACUGAAUGCCUGACUCUGCAAAAGCUUUCCUUUAAGGAAGAAAGCUGUCUGGAGAGACGGCUUCUGUCUUGUGACUGAGCACAGGGGAGAUGGACCACACAGCUUCGCGAGGCUGGAAGUAUAACUUCCCCCCCCCCCCCCCGCAGCUAGUUGUAUGGCACUUUGUGGGUUCUGAAAGCAAGGAGACCCCAUGCCCCAGAGCAAGGAAAAGAGCUCGUUUGCGUAAUUUCUGUUUGGUUUUAGCGGGCUGAGAGGGAACAUAGCGUUUUGCUUUGCCCCGUGUUUUCUGAUAUUUUUGCUCCACCUACACCUACGGGGCUUUCAGAGGUUUCGUGCGUUCGGGUUUACACAGAACAAACCUGAGCCCCGAUCUUGCCCUGAACCACCAGUAGUCAACAACUGCUCAGAUCAGGGCUGCUUGAUAACAAUUUGGUCCAAAAUGAGAGCGGCAGCUUUCACCGUCAUCAACGAUCGCACCGCAAGCUGGCGUGCGGGGCAGCCCUAACAGGCUCGCGCAGCCUGCUGCUUCCUAGCAGGUCUUGUCACAGUAUAACAUCGCAGCGCGUACGCAGCGUUGCUCCAUUACGUUUCUCUUGCCAGCUAAGCAGCGCUGCGGCCUGAACUUUAUGAGAGCCGUACGUGCCGACCGUCACGCGAGCACGACCCUAAUCACGAGCGCGCUUUAAAAUCCGCUCUACCAUUCACCUCGCUUUUUUAAGCAAAGUCGGAACGAUGUCAGUUCUGCUGCUGCAGCAGGAACUUUGUGCUAAACUCACUUCUGAAGUUCAACCCGCUGACAAAGGGCUCGGUUGCAACCGUACCCAAGGGCCCCGCUAAAAAGACCAGUCAUUAUGGAAGAGGUCCCAUUACAUCAGUCCAGCUCAGGCAGAGAUCUCAAUAGCUCGUUCUCAAACUGCGACUCGAGGAGAAAACUCCCCAAGCAUAAGGCUUUUAUACAAAGACCAGUACACCAUUUCCUGCAGCGCUGCAUCUUCAAAGCCGAAAGCUGCAGGUAAUGGCGACCGUGGUUGUCCAAGCACGUACGCGUAGCAGAGGAAGAGCAGCUCUCCGAAGCCUACCCUUGCUAUCUCCACGGUUGUACCGAUGAGCAAACCCGUUGCAGACGCAUUGUAAACACCUCGCCAGCCCCGGUUCUGAUGGGAACCUACACAAAAGUGUUACUGAAGAAAUGAACAGUCAGAGCGUGAAAUUCUUACAGUGUUCCUAAGGUAGAAAGAAAACCGGCAGGCAAAAUAAGGGUGAACAGAUCACGCAUCUAUUGUUACUAUAGUUUUUAGUACUGGUAUGUUGGUAAACUUUUAGAAAGUUUUGACGUGAGCUGUAAUAAACAGUUAAAUAAAAUACCGUUUUCCCACGUAUACUGCU